CGUUCAACAAGUUCAAGUAACUAGUGCAGCAAACUAACUUUUUGUAACAAUUUCUUCCCGGAGACACUCUCAUAUCCCAAAAACCUUAUCAGCAUGUCCUUCGCACAGUUCUUUGUUGCCUGCUGCCUGGCCGUUAUCCUGCUGGCUGUGGCCAAUACACAGGCAGCGAACCAGGCUCCUCCGCUUUGCCAGGUCGGCAUUGUCGACGAGAUGCCCCAGCACAUCAGGAAGGUCUGCCAGGCUCUGGAGAAUUCGGAUCAAUUGAGUUCGGCCCUAAAAUCUUACAUCAACAACGAGGCUUCAGCUCUUGUGGCCAACUCUGAUGACCUUCUGAAGAAUUACAACAAGCGUACAGACGUCGAUCAUGUCUUUUUGCGAUUCGGCAAACGGCGUUAAGGAUAUGCUUCCUGAUGGAUCCCUUGCUAAAUGAUUUCACGGACGAACCCACGACACAGGACCUUGAUCAACGAGCGGCGAAAAGCGUUUUUGUUCACCAAGCACAACCCAAUUCUGGCGUCUUCAGCAUAAUUAUGUAAAUCUAAUCAAUGGAAACUCAGAACUAUACUCAAUUGGAAGCUCUCUAGUUCAUUAAAUAGCAAAUCGAUGUGUCCAAUGUUUCUAUAAAAAUUCACACACAAUUGUACAUAUUCAAAGACCCCCGAAAUGUACUAACAAAACUUGAUUUAAAUAUUUGUGUUUUUUAAUGUUAUACAAACACAGCAAAGUAAAUAAUGUAAAUGUAUUGGUAAAUUCAAAAAUAUCUCAAAUAUAUUUCCCUAGCAUGAAGCAUUAUUAUAAAAUAUCCAAAAAAUAUGUUCAAGUUUAUAAAAUUACUUCCGAUUAAAUUUUUAAUAAAGACAAACUUUUCCUCUCAAUAAGUGAAUGCAUGGCAAAA